ACUUUCUUCCCUCUACACAAGCCGAAACUUCGCACGAACCGGACACGACGCGUCCUCCUCGCUUCCCCCUGGCGCCGGCGACUCCGAUCCCCUCUCCUCCUCGUCUUCCUACUCCCCUCCAUCCUACCCGAGCGAUCGGUCGGUCGAUCCGGUUCCCCAUCCCCUGUCGCCUCGCCUCCCCGAUCCACCCAUCCACCAACCGCCGGCGCGCGCAAGAUUCAGAUUUGGCCCGCGCGAGGGAGGCGGAGGAAAGGAAAGGAUGGGGGCGUGGAUGUCGCGUGUGUGGUUCCUGAUGUUCCCGGCGCGCGAGUACAAGCUUGUGGUGGUCGGGCUCGACAACGCCGGCAAGACCACCACGCUCUACAAGCUCCACCUCGGCGAGGCCGUCACCGCCGCGCCAACCAUCGGCAGCAACGUCGAGGAGGUCGUCUUCAAGAACCUGCGGUUCGAGGUUUGGGAUUUGGGAGGACAAGAAAGUCUACGCACAUCAUGGGCAACAUACUACCGAGGAACUCACGCUGUCAUUGUAGUAAUCGACAGCACCGACCGUACUCGGAUCAACAUCAUCAAGGAUGAGCUCUUCCGGUUGCUCCAGCACGCGGACCUCGAGAACGCGGUGGUCCUUGUGUUUGCGAACAAGCAGGAUCUCAAGGACGCGAUGUCCCCCGCUGAGAUCACAGACGCCCUCUCCCUCCACAGCAUAAAGAACCACGACUGGCACAUACAGGCAUCGUGCGCCAUCACCGGCGAGGGCCUCUACGACGGCAUGGGGUGGAUCGCCCAGAAAGUCGCCGGGAAGGGUACAGCGAGCUGACUGACGUGAAUCGCCGCCACCUGUGUUCCCUUGAAUUUGUUGGAGGUGGCUGGAUGGGUUUGCUCUUCCUGCCACCACCAUCCUCUGUUUAUUUAUGUUGCAAACUGCCUGAAAAUUGUGUCUGUAUUCCCAUCAAUCUGAAUAUAAAGAAGCAAAUUUGCACGCCAUCA